AUGUCAAAUACUGGCAAAAAAUGCGUUGUAAUCCACAACGGUUCAUGGCAGACCGUUGCAGGCUUUAGCAAUCGAGAAACACCCCAAUGUGUUAUACCAUCCAGCUACAUACAAAGAGACGGUCAAAGAGAGGCUCAAAUCUUUGGCACUUUUGAAAUGUUAGAUGAAACCCAAGAGAAUGACCCUAAUUCCAAUGUCUACACUAUUAUUGACUCAAGGGGAUUGCCGUACAACUGGGAAGCGUUAGAAUCGCAGUGGAGAUACAUCUACGAAAAGCAAUUACAAAUAGAUCCCUCAGAACUACCACUGAUAAUAAGCGUACCUGCAAGCAGUUCAGAAGUCGAUAUGAAAAUUGUACACAAAUAUUUUGAGCUGGCGUUCGAGAAAUUAAGAGUCCCAACUCUGCAGAUCGUCGUCGAACCUCUAGCGAUUGCGCUAUCGAUGAGUAAAAGUUCUGCCCUUGUGAUUGAUAUCGGGGCUCGUGAAUGUAAGAUAACUCCAGUUAUCGACGGUACCGUAGUGAAAAGUGGUGUAAUGAAAUCCAAAUUCGCCGGUGAUUUCUUGGACUUCCAAGUGACAGAACUGUUAAAGGACAGACUUCCACCAGCUGAGUCAAGUUGCCAGAUGUGGUACAACUCACAAACCUGGAUCCAGCAGUUUAAAAACACCAUGCUACAAGUGUGUGAUAGAAAUUUAGUGGAAGUACAAAGAUUGCACGAGGAGCAAUCGAAUCAAUUACAGCCCGUGGGAUUUCAACAGUUUACUUCAAAUUCAUUGACCCAACCAAAGAACUUCUUGCUGAAAACAGCAAAUGGAAGCAAGCAAACCAUUUCAGUAGAACUAAAAGAUUGCUUAAAAUUACCCGAGUAUCUUUUCCAGCCCCAAUUGUCCAAUAAAGAUUUUCCCUCUAGCGAUGGUCUCUGUGAAUUGAUGUCCAAGUCAAUUAGAAAGACCGGUGCCACUGUUAGUUCACUAGGUACCCCAAGCGGCGGGGGUAAUGGUGCAUCUCUAACGCUGAAUGAAAAAGGCGGAGCUUCUUCCGCGAGUAUGGGAGGGACAACUAGUAAAAAUGCAAACACUGCGACAAAUGCAUCUAAUCCCACAAAUGCACCUUCGAGCGGUAUAAGUCCGGAACAAGUCUAUUCGAUUCUACUGACGAAUGUGAUAAUAACUGGUUCUACAUCUUUAUUACAAGGAAUGGAGCAGAGAAUUGUCAAUGAACUGUCCAUCAGGUUUCCACAGUACAAGUUGACAACGUAUGCCAAUCAAAUACUGAUGGACCGCAAGAUUCAGAGUUGGAUUGCGAUGAGCUCCAUGUCGAAUCUCCCAAGUUGGGAACUGGGUAAGUGGUUUUCGGCGUCAGACUACGAAUUUGUCAAGAACUGUGCGAAAAGGUAA